GCCACAAGAUCGCAGGAAUCAUGCCGUUCGCUGGCGUAUCCGUCGUUGCCGACGGCCGACUGGUGCAGCCAUCGUCCCCGGAGUCGGCAAUGUUUUACCCUGGCUCCAGCGCAGCCAGCAGAGGCAGCUGGUAUCACCUGCUUGUGGUUGAAGGUUACUCCCGCAUCAAAGACCUUCCCAAUGGAAAGAGAAUCAAGACCGGCUCUUUCAAAGCUGGAGGCUAUCAAUGGGCUCUGAAGUCUUACCCCAAUGGUGACCUCCUGGAGGAUGCUGGUUACAUUUCUGUUUUUCUUUCCCUUGAUCAGGAUGUUGCACAACCUGUGAAGGCGCACCAUCACUUUAGUUUCAUUGGUGAGGUUGGCAAACAAGAACCUGCACGCGUCCGUGGAAUCAAAGCAUCUUCUUUCCAUAAAAAAGGCUAUGGUUUUGGUCUCCACCGUUUCAUGAAAAGAGAGGCCCUUGAGAAGUCAGAGCAUCUCAAGGACGAUUGUUUCACCAUCCGGUGUGACUUCAUCAUUGCUGAAGCUGCUGCUGCUCCCUUGAUCGAGGUGCCCCCACCUAAUUUAAGUGAGCAUCUGAACCAUCUCUUUGUUACGAAGGUGGGCGUCGACGUGACCUUCGAAGUCGGCCACGAGACAUUCGCAGCGCACCGUUGUGUGCUCGCGUCCCGUUCCGCCGUCUUCAUGGCAGAGCUCUUCGGACCCAUGAAGGAGGGGAUUGCUAUAGACGAUGCCAUACAGAUACAAGACAUGGAACCGAAUGUCUUCAAGGCCUUGCUCAAUUUCGUCUACACCGACUUGAUGCCAGAGAUGGAGGUGGAGGGGCAGGCAGGGGAAGCCGUCUCUAAGGUUACAUGGCUGCGACACUUGCUUGCCGCCGCGGAUAGGUUUGAUCUCCAGCAGCUCAAGUCAAUGUGUGAAGAGAGGCUGUCGGAGCACAUAAAUUUGGGCUCGGUGACGGCCAUCCUUGGUCUGGCAGCGCAGCACCAUUGCCGUGGACUUAAGGAGGCCUGCCUGGAGUUCCUCAAAGUCCAAUCUGCUGCAAUCUUGGAAGGUGUCAUGGCGACCAGUGACUGGCAGCACAUAUCUGCAACUGACCCGUCUGUUCUGAACGAGCUCAUUGCCAAGCUUGCCUCCAAAGCGUAGUUCGUUGGUUU